GAAGCUCCACCCUCUUACAACACUAACCAGGAGGAGACUGACUUGUUAUUUCACCUUUGUGUCACACUGAAUUUCCUCUCUUUGACAAAAGCAACAAAGAAUCAGCCAUCAGUGAACAACGAAGAGAAAGAUUUUGAAGAGAUUUAGUGAUUCUCGUGAUUUUUCCUUUUUGCAAGUCAUUCAGAAGGUGAAAGUACAGAGCUCAAACAGUGAAAAUGGCUUCAUCAUCUGAAUGUGACUAUAAUUGUCCCGUGUGCUGUGAAAUCUUCAAGACUCCUGUUCUUUUAUCAUGUAGUCACAGUUUCUGUAAAGAGUGUCUGCAACAGUUCUGGAGAACCAAGAAAACUCAGGAGUGUCCUGUCUGCAGUAGAAGAUCUUCAACAGAUCUUCCUCCAGAAAAUCAGGCGUUACAAAACUUGUGUGAGUCGUUCCUGAAGGACAGAAAUGAGAAGCAUUCAUCAGGAUCUGAGGAGAUCUGCAGUUUACACAGUGAGAAACUCGAACUCUUGUGUCUGGAGGACAAACAGCCGGUGUGUGUCGUGUGCAGAGAUUCACAAAAAGAUGUCAAUCACACAUUUAGACCAAUCAGUGAAGUGGUUUCAUCAUAUAAGGAGGAGAUCAAUACAGCACUGGAGUCCUUGAAGGAGAAAUGUAAAAAGACGGGAAACAUAGAAGAAGAGUUUGAGAAAACAGUUCAACACAUCAAGUCUCAAGCUGAGGACACAGAGCGUCAGAUUAAACAGCAGUUUGAGAAGCUUCAUCAGUUUCUCAGAGAUGAAGAAGAAGCUACAAUCACUGCACUGAGAGAGGAAGAGGAGCUGAAGACACAGAUGAUGAAGGAGAAGCUGGAAGAGAUGAACACACACAUCUCAGCUCUUACAAACACAAUCAAAGACACGGAGGAGAUGAUGAAAGCCAGUGACUUCUGCUUUCUGAAGGAGUUUCCAGUCACGAUGGAAAGAGUCCAGAUCUCAUCGCCGCCGGAUCCACAGAUGCCUUCUGGAGCUUUGAUUGAUGUGCCACGAUACUUGGGCAACCUGCUCUUCAGAGUCUGGAAGAAGAUGCAGGACAUCGUCCAGAACACUCCUGUGAUUCUGGAUCCAAACACGGCUCAUCCAGAUCUCGCUGUGUCUGAUGAUCUGACCAGUGUGAGCUGGAGCAAGACCAAUUACCUGCUUCCUGACAAUCCAGAGAGAUUCGACGGGUUUCUCUGUGUUCUGGGAUCAGAGGGUUUUAACUCAGGAACACACUGCUGGGAUGUGGAGGUUAAAGAGUGUCGAUGGUGGAUUGCUGGACUAACUACAGCAUCAAAUCCGAGGAAGCAAUAUGAUUUCUUUAACAAUGAUGUCUGGAGUGUGAGGCAGGGAAUGCUUGAGCCGUUUGGUUUUCUUGUUGAACAGGAAGUUGAGCGUGUGAGAGUUGAUCUGGACUAUGACAGAGGAACGGUGUCAUUCUCUGAUGCUGUAACUAACACACAUCUACACACAUUCACAACCACCUUCACUGACACACUCUUUCCUUUCUUCAGUAGUGACUCUCUGAAGAUCUUACCAUUCAAUAGUCAGUAAAUGUUACACCUGUAGUUCUGGAUCAACCUGCUCUUUUACUGUCAUCAUGUUUCCAAUAUGUAAUCCAUAUCAUCAUUUGUUCAUCAUGAGUUUAAAUUAAUAUUUCAGUUAUAAAGGUUAAAUUAUCAUUUAUUCAUUGAUGUAUACAGACUUAAAAGUCCUUUUUAAUCCACAUCAGUUUUAAAUGAAAUAUAAUUACUAUAGAAAUACUUGAUUAAAGCUGUUUACAAAUCAGAAUCUCAGACAAAAUUCUCUGGAACUCAUGGAAACCUCUUUAAAAGUUUAACACAUUUUGAUAAUCCCUUUAUCUUUUUUUUUUUUACAUUUUUGUUUUAAAUGAAAGGUUAAAUGUUUGGUCAUGGUAAUUAGGGUUUAUGUCAUUUGUGACUGGAUGGCUUAUUCCUCCAGUUUUUAAUGUAUUGAAGGCGGGGCAAUUGGAAGCAAUAACCCAUCUAUAAGUAGUCCUGGAAUCUCUAUGGACACUCCCGAUUGUCUUGGGGGAGUUCCUCCUUCCGUUAGCAUCCCAUGUGUGCUUUGUCAUUUCUUGACUUCUUUGCAUAUUUCAGGUAAAUGCAACGUACUUAGCCAGAGGCUUUGGGACUCAAACUAUACCAAACAAUAUGGAAGCGUGAUCGUUCGGCGUGCUAGACCGUGGUUAUUGCUUGAAAAAGGCAAUUGGGAUCUUUCCUUCUUUGCCCAACCUUGUGUGUGGAGUGUGGUUGGAAGGAGUCACCCUUGUUCUGAAAUCAAAGAUAGAAGGAACACCACUUAUUGUUUCAUGUUGUUUGUCCCAGUGUCUUCCGGCAAUUUAUUGUCUCUUAGUUUGUGGGUUUUGUUUUGAACUUGUUUAAUUUAUUUAUCUUUGAAAAAUUGUUUAAUGAUUAUUGUAUGUGAUUUCUUCCAUCCAUCCAUCCAUCAUCUUCUGCUUAUCCGGGGCCGGGUCGCGGGGGCAACAGUCUAAGCAGAGAUGCCCAGACUUCCCUCUCCCUAGCCACUUCCUCCACCUCCAACAUAGUCCCUCCAGCGUGUCCUAGGUCUUCCCCGGGGCCUUCUCCCGGUGGGACGUGCCUGGAACACCUCCCUGUGAAGGCGUCCAGGAGGCAUCCGAAAUAGAUGCCCGAGCCACCUCAGCUGGCUCCUCUCGAUGUGGAGGAGCAACGGCUCUACUCUGAGCUCCUCCCGAGUGACCGAGCUUCUCACCCUAUCUCUAAAGGAGCGCCCAGCCACCCGACGGAGAAAGCUCAUUUCGGCCGCCUGUAUCCGGGAUCUUGUCCUUUCGGUCAUGACCCACAGCUCAUGACCAUAGGUGAGAGUAGUAACGUAGAUUGACCGGUAAAUCGAGAGCUUUGCCUUACAGCUCAGCUCCUUCUUCACCACGACAGACCGGUACAGCGACCGCAUUACUGCAGAAGCUGCACCGAUCCGUCUGUCAAUCUCACGUUCCAUCCUUCCCUCACUCGUGAACAAGACCCCAAGAUACCUGAACUCCUCCACUUGAGGCAGGAACUCUCCACCAACCUGAAGUGGGCAAUCCACCCUUUUCUGACUGAGAACCAUGGCCUCAGACUUGGAGGUGCUGAUUGUCAUCCCAGCCGCUUCACACUCGGCUGCAAACCGUCCCAGUGCACGCUGAAGGUCCUGAUCUGAGGAGGCCAACACGACAACAACAUCCGCAAAAAGCAGCGACGAAAUCCUAUGGUCCCCAAACCAGACACUCUCCGGCCCUUGGCUGCACCUAGAAAUUCAUUCCAUAAAAAUUAUGAACAGAACCGGUGGUUCUAUCCCCAACUGCCAUGCGAUAUUGCAGAGGAGUGUCAGCCAAGACAACAACCCCACAACAUCCAGAGACUUGAGGUACUCGGUGCGGAUCUCAUCCAUCCCUGGUGCCUUGCCACCCAGGAGCUUUUUAACUACCUCGAUGACUUCAGCCCGGGUGAUGGACGAGUCCUCCUUCGAGUCCCCAGCCACUGCUUCCUCAAUGGAAGCAGUGUGAUUUCUUGUCUUUGUAAAUACAUUUGAGGUCAGAGUGGUCAAAAUUCUGCUGAUUUGUUUUGUCUUGUUUAUUUAUUGAUUGAUUCCUUUCUUGAACUGAUUGCUAUCAGGGGAAUUAUCACGUCUAUUUUAGUCUUGUAGUCUUUGGGGUUGGGUUUAUUAGCUUUUUUGUGUCAAAGUGUUGGGUGGGUAAAUGUACUAAGUUGGUCUCUAUACCGAUUUAUCCUUGUGAUCAUUUGUUUAUAUGUGUGUACUUUUGGGGUGUGACUGAUAGUGUGUUUCGGGUUGUGUUUGUGUUACUCUGUUACAGUUUUCAAAGAGUGAUUGUGUGAAUUCUCCUCCUUUUUGUGUGUAAACUCUUUUAUGGUCCUUUUUAAGUGUGUAAACUCUUUUAUGGUCCUUUUAAACUUUUUAAGUUUAGGCCUUGCCUUCCACCCUGUGUGUUAUUGACUAGGUUUUUAAUA